AUGCGUUUUGGACGGAAAGAUGUAGUCGAAUAUCUACUUCAGAAUGGUGCAAAUGUCCAAGCACGUGAUGACGGGGGCCUUAUUCCCCUUCAUAAUGCAUGUUCUUUUGGUCAUGCUGAAGUAGUCAAUCUCCUUUUGCAACAUGGUGCAGACCCAAAUGCUCGAGAUAAUUGGAAUUACACUCCUCUCCAUGAAGCUGCAAUUAAAGGAAAAAUUGAUGUUUGCAUUGGAGACUAUAAGAAAGAUGAACUUUUGGAAAGUGCCAGGAGUGGCAAUGAGGAAAAAAUGAUGGCUCUACUUACACCAUUAAAUGUCAACUGCCAUGCAAGUGAUGGCAGGAAGUCAACUCCAUUACAUUUGGCAGCAGGCUACAACAGAGUGAAGAUUGUACAGCUGUUACUGCAGCAUGGUGCUGAUGUCCACGCUAAAGAUAAAGGUGACUUGGUACCAUUGCACAAUGCCUGUUCUUAUGGUCAUUAUGAAGUAACUGAGCUUCUGGUCAAGCAUGGUGCCUGUGUAAAUGCAAUGGACUUGUGGCAAUUUACCCCUCUUCACGAAGCAGCUUCUAAGAACAGGGUUGAAGUCUGUUCUCUUCUCCUGAGUUAUGGUGCAGAUCCAACAUUGCUGAAUUGUCACAAUAAAAGUGCUAUAGACUUGGCUCCCACACCACAGUUAAAAGAAAGAUUGUCAUAUGAGUUUAAAGGACACUCGUUACUGCAAGCUGCACGGGAAGCUGAUGUUACACGAAUAAAAAAACACCUGUCUCUGGAAAUGGUCAAUUUCAAACAUCCUCAAACUCAUGAAACAGCAUUGCAUUGUGCUGCUGCAUCUCCAUAUCCUAAAAGGAAACAAAUAUGUGAAUUGUUGUUAAGAAAAGGAGCAAACAUCAAUGAAAAAACUAAAGAAUUCUUGACUCCUCUGCACGUGGCAUCUGAGAAAGCUCACAAUGAUGUUGUUGAAGUAGUGGUGAAACAUGAAGCAAAGGUUAAUGCAUUGGAUAAUCUUGGUCAGACGUCCCUGCACAGAGCUGCACAUUGUGGACACUUACAAACUUGUCGUCUACUCCUGAGCUAUGGAUGUGAUCCUAACAUUAUAUCCCUUCAAGGCUUUACUGCCUUGCAGAUGGGAAAUGAAAAUGUACAGCAACUCCUUCAAGAGGGUAUUCCAUUAGGUAAUUCAGAGGCAGACCGACAAUUGCUGGAAGCUGCAAAGGCCGGAGAUGUGGAAACUGUAAAACAUGGUGCAGAUCCUACAAAGAAAAAUAGGGAUGGGAAUACUCCUUUGGAUCUUGUUAAAGAUGGAGAUACAGAUAUCCAAGACCUACUUAGGGGAGAUGCGGCCUUGCUAGAUGCUGCCAAAAAAGGUUGUUUAGCCAGAGUGAAGAAGUUGUCUUCACCUGAUAAUGUAAAUUGCCGUGAUACCCAAGGCCGACAUUCUACCCCUUUACAUUUAGCAGCUGGUUAUAAUAAUUUAGAAGUUGCAGAGUAUUUGUUACAACAUGGAGCUGAUGUUAAUGCUCAAGACAAAGGAGGACUUAUUCCUUUACAUAAUGCAGCAUCUUAUGGGCAUGUAGACGUAGCAGCUUUACUAAUAAAGUACAAUGCCUGUGUCAAUGCCACGGACAAAUGGGCUUUCACACCUUUGCAUGAAGCAGCCCAAAAGGGACGAACACAGCUUUGUGCUUUAUUGUUGGCCCACGGAGCUGAUCCUACUCUUAAAAAUCAGGAAGGACAAACACCUUUAGAUUUAGUUUCAGCUGAUGAUGUCAGUGCCCUCCUGACAGCUGCUAUGCCUCCUUCUGCUCUGCCUUCAUGCUAUAAACCUCAAGUGCUCAAUGGUGUGAGAAGCCCUGGAGCCACUGCAGAUUCUCUGUCUUCUGGUCCAUCUAGCCCAUCAAGCCUUUCCGCAGCAAGCAGUCUGGACAACUUAUCUGGGAGUUUUUCUGAACUGUCUUCAGUAGUUGGUUCAAGUGGACCAGAGGGUGCUUCCAGUUUGGAGAGAAAGGAGGUUCCAGGAGUAGAUUUUAGCAUAACUCAAUUUGUGAGGAAUCUUGGACUUGAGCACUUAAUGGAUAUAUUUGAGAGAGAACAGAUCACUUUGGAUGUGUUAGUUGAGAUGGGACACAAGGAACUCAAAGAGAUUGGAAUCAAUGCUUAUGGACAUAGACACAAACUAAUUAAAGGAGUAGAAAGACUUAUCUCUGGACAACAAGGUCUUAACCCAUAUUUAACUCUGAACAACUCUGGUAGUGGAACAAUUCUCAUAGAUCUGUCUCCUGAUGAUAAAGAGUUUCAGUCUGUGGAAGAAGAGAUGCAGAGUACAGUCCGUGAGCACAGAGAUGGUGGACAUGCAGGUGGCAUCUUCAGUAGAUACAAUAUUCUCAAGAUUCAGAAGGUUUGUAACAAGAAACUAUGGGAAAGGUAUACUCACCGGAGAAAAGAAGUUUCUGAAGAAAACCACAACCAUGCAAAUGAACGAAUGCUAUUUCAUGGGUCUCCUUUUGUGAAUGCAAUUAUCCAUAAGGGCUUUGAUGAAAGGCAUGCAUACAUAGGUGGCAUGUUUGGAGCUGGGAUUUAUUUUGCUGAAAACUCCUCCAAAAGCAAUCAGUAUGUGUAUGGAAUUGGAGGAGGUACUGGAUGUCCAGUUCACAAAGACAGAUCGUGUUAUAUUUGCCACAGACAACUGCUCUUUUGCCGGGUAACCUUGGGAAAGUCUUUCCUGCAGUUUAGUGCAAUGAAAAUGGCACAUUCACCUCCCGGGCAUCACUCUGUCACCGGUCGGCCCAGUGUUAAUGGCCUAGCAUUAGCUGAAUAUGUUAUUUACAGAGGCGAACAGGCUUACCCUGAAUAUUUAAUUACUUACCAGAUUAUGAGGCCUGAAGGUAUGGUUGAUGGAUAAACAGUUUUAGGAAACUCAUUCCACUGAACCUAAAAUCUCCAAAGCAGCUGGUGGCCUAAGUUUUAUUUCUUUGCUGGUCAUACUCAUCUUGCACAUGGCUCGUAACAAAAGGAUAAAAAUGUGAAAGAAGUUUAACAAUUCUGACUUGAUUAAGCUUUAAUAAUGUACAGUGUUUUCUAAAUAUUUCCUGUUUUUCAGCACUUUAACAGAUGCCAUUCCAGGUUUAACUGGGUUUGUCUGUACUAAAUUAUAAACAGUUCCUUGAACCUUU